AUGGAAGCCGUCCUCAACGGUGACUUGGAUGAGGUUAACAGGGCAAUCGAAAAUGGUCACGAUGUCAAUCAGCGCGAUCUCGAAAAGCAGACCCCGCUGUUCAUCGCUGUCGGCAUGAAAAGGCUAGACAUCUGCCGAGCACUGGUCGAGCGUGGAGGAGCAAUCAUCAACGCUAACUGCGGCUCCGAAUGCAACACUGCUCUACAUAUCGCUGUCUCUCAAAAAAGCGAGGAGAUUGUGAAGUAUCUGCUGUCCAAGGGGGCAAGCAAAACGAUCCGAAACAUUAGACAGCAGACCCCAUCGCAGCUGGCGCAAUCUCGCUCGCCAUUGAGAUCGCUCGUGGAAAAGUACCGAAGUCAUCCGAGACAGCUUGUGGUUCCACGUCUUCCUGACGUUCACAUUGUGUGCUUCUCGAAAAAGGUGAAAGCAAGUCUCACCUUUGCUGAGCAAGCAGCAUUAGAGAGGAUUAUGACGGUAGUGCCAAUAUGUGAUGAGGAAACGACGCACUAUGUCGUUGCACUUGACACUGAAGGAGUCUUUUUGCAACUAGGAAAUUAG